AUGCAAGCCAUUAAAUGUGUUGUGGUUGGCGAUGGUGCCGUCGGCAAGACUUGCCUUCUAAUUAGUUAUACCACUAAUGCAUUUCCCGGUGAAUAUAUCCCAACUGUAUUUGAUAAUUACUCCGCAAAUGUGAUGGUCGACGGCAAGCCCAUUAAUCUUGGCCUUUGGGAUACUGCUGGUCAAGAAGAUUAUGAUCGUUUGCGACCUCUUUCAUAUCCUCAAACGGAUGUAUUCUUGAUUUGCUUCUCCUUGGUUAGUCCUUCUUCUUUCGAAAACGUUCGGGGCAAGUGGUACCCAGAAAUUACUCAUCAUGCACCCAAUAUUCCCAUCAUCCUUGUUGGUACAAAACUCGAUCUUCGGGAAGAUAAGGAAACAAUCCUUAAGCUUCGUCAAAAAUCUCAAUCGCCUAUUACAUACCCUCAAGGGCUACAAAUGGCAAAAGAUAUAUCUGCUGUUAGAUAUCUUGAAUGUUCUGCCCUUACCCAAAAAGGUCUUAAAAAUGUAUUCGAUGAGGCGAUUCGCGCUGUUCUUUGCCCCGCUCCGGUGCAAAAAC